AUGUCACUACAGCCGCAGCCGCUCAAGAAUUGGCCGCACAACUUCGACAAAAAAUAUGUAUUUAAGCGUCUUGGCAUACCAGAUAGCCCCGACGACCAACAGGUUCUCCACGAUUUAGGACAAGAAAUCUUUGAUAUAGUAGCGGUUGAUGCUUUGAACGACGGCAGAGCCAUCGCCAACCUUUUCCGAUCGAGUUCUUCACGCAAUCAAAUCCUAUUUGAGUGGCGCAAGCGACUGCCGAGGAUACCAGCCGCUGUUAGAAAUCACGUCACGGACGUCGAGCUUCUCAGUGGAGCGCUGUAUAAAUUUCUCAAUUGUGUUCUAGAUGAGUUGUACACGGAUUUUCAGAACCGGCAAAACCAACCAGCAGGACAGGUAGAAGGACAGGCAGAGGGAUCAAAGACGGCACAGCAGCCAGCACAGCAGCAAUCAGAAAAGUCAGCACAAAAGCAACCAGAACAACCCAAGAAGUUCAACUAUCAUCGACCCUACAUAGUGCCCAAUGUUGACGUUCAGAUCAUUCGAGCAGAUCACCCGGAUAUGCCAAUUGCAAUUAGAGUGAGUGAUUUCUUAACUGACAGAGGAAACCUCCAGGAUGUAUGCCCGGAUGGGGAUUGGAUCAACAUCGCCAACAUUCAAUUCGAGCUUUUCAGACAGAACCUCAUCCAAGAAGGCUAUCUGGCAGACGGGGACACAAUCUGGUUAAACCAUUUCUCUCUGGACCAAAUUCAUCCUGCGUUUAUUGCUGACCCACAGGGUGGCGAGGUACGACUGACCUCCUUCAAUCUUGCAUCUACACUUUUGAGAACUAUCCGUGAGCAUUGGCCUAAACUUCGAAAUCCCUCCCCUGAUCCCUAUGGAGCUGAAAAGCGCUCACCAUUACCCAGACCUAAUAUGACUAUCAUUAUCCGAGGCGGUAAAGUAAAAGGUGGCGCCUUAGCUGCUAAACAGCCAGCAUUAGCUCGUCCCACUGUAAAACUGGGUGGUAGUACGGUCGCUCCUAACCGCCGGUCUGAACAGAUGGCCAGAUAUGCGGCAGGCAGACACGCCAAAACCAAACGAAAGAUGGCAGAGGUGGAAGCGGAAGCCGGGGCAGAAGCCGGAGCAGAAACCGAGGCUGAGGCGAAUUCUCCGCCAGCUAAAAGAAGAAGGUUAGCACACAAAACUGUCACUGCCCCCGCUGCUGGUCCUGCCUAUGCCCCUGCCAUCGGUCCUGCUCUCGAUACUGUCCCUGCUCUCGCCGGGCAAGAACCCCAGGAGGGUGAUGACGAUGAUGCUGCUCUGCUCGCGCUUUUAGACCCUGAACUCUUUAACGAAGAGGGACUUGCGGGCGAUGAAAGCGCCGCCUUGCAGGCAUUCUUCGAGGAGAACGAAUGGGCCGGAGAACCGAUGGAGGAGGGUUGA